CGGCUUCAGGAGUGGUUCAGGGAUUCUGAUUGCUGUUUUGGGUCGGUCUUGAGCCCUGUUUGUAUACUCUGUUGCGUGGAGGGGGGGAAUGAUUGUGUGGUCAGGGUCAAGGCUUUGGAUUUAUUUUUAUUUUUUAUUUUUUCGUUUCUCCUUUUCAUUUUUAGGGUCAGAGUCAGGGUCUGAGGCUCGAGCUUGGAGGGAAGGAAGGCGUGUGCUUUUUUUUUUUCUGUUUUCUUCAAAAUGUGGGAAGGGAAAAACAGGCACUGUUUCUCUUUGCUUUUUUCCCCUCUUUUUUUCCCUCUUGCGCAGUCUUCUUCUGUCUUUCUUCUAAAUGCUGUAUAUAGUAUUAAAUUAGUUUAUUCAUUUAAUUUAUUACUACUUUUUUUUUCACGCUCGCCCGUGGGUUUGAUCCUCCUUGGCUGACAACUCCCCUCCACCGUAACUUAU